AUGGAUAGAGAUUCACCUCUAUCGAUCCCAUAUGGCCACGCCUGUGGUACCUGUGCUCGCGCCAAGGUGCGCUGCAUCCCACGGACUCCCGAGUCUCCGUGCGAGAGAUGUUUGCGCUUGGGGAAGGACUGUCGUCCCGGGUCGCGCCGUCGCCGUCCCAAGCGGCUCUCCAAGGCCGCCCAGCUUGAGCAGAAGAUGGAUGGUCUAAUGUCUUUGCUCCAAUCGACCGGUCAGCUGCCAGGCGGACGGCAUCCCCCCGACUCCGCUCGUCAAGAGCGCGCAGAUCUCCCGAAUCCGCUGCGUACGCCCGAUACGGGCAUCGAGUCCGACAGUAGUGCAAGCCCGCGCCAGUCUCCGCCCACGGCGAUCAUCGCCCCCAGCCCAGCGGAAGCGGAGGCAAUGCUGCAGUCGUUCCGGACGGAGAAGCUGGCUUGUCUUCCUCUGGUCCAUAUUCCCAGCACAAGCACCCCGGCUGACCUCCAGCGGGAGUCUCCCUUUCUCUGGCGCUGUAUUGUCACCACUGAAACCAAAGAUGCCGCGCAGCAGGCGUUGCGGUGCGUCGACAUUCGUCAGACCGCUGCCCAGAUUGCGAUGGUCGAUUGCGACAAAAGCUUGGAUCUCUUGCAGGGACUGCUCGUGCAUCUCGCCUGGAUCUCCUUUCAAAGCUACCCUCCCAAGUCCAUUAUGGUCAUGUACUGUCAAAUUGCCACUGCACUGAUCUGUGAGCUCGGCUUGAAUCGUCCGAGCCGGACCGAUAUCGCGAUGCUGCCCCCAGUGUGCAACGACCUCGUGCCGGCACCGCCAAAGCCGCCUGUCCCGCGUCCCAGAACUAUGAACGAGCGACGAGCUGUAUUGGGUUGUUUCAUUGUCAGCUCAGUCAUUGCUCAGUUUCUUGGCCGCAUGGAAGUUAUGCGGUGGACACCACAUAUGUCAGAGUCUAUGGAGAUCCUGUCAAGCAGCACCGAAUCGCCGCACGAUGCCACUCUCGCCUACCUGGCGCGUGCACGGCUCCUCGUCGAGCGCAUCCGCGAGGGACCGUGGAACGAGAAUUCAAGCUCGAGUGGCAUUCCGCGUGCGCCAUUGCCCUUUUACAUGAACAGUUUACAGCCUCAGCUCACCCAAUUCCGAAUUGAUAUCCCUGCCACCAUACUUAAUAGUCACCCCCUUAUUUUUUACAUCCUGCAGGCGGAAACCACGCUAUACGAGACGGCUCUGAUCUGCCCCUCCACCGACAGCAACAACACUCCCGAUGCUCUGGGCUCGUGCCGUCUCGACCACCUCUACGCAUGCCUAGCCUCUCUCCGCUCCUUCUUUGACAACCUCCUCACCACCCCUAUACCCGUCUACGCCUCGUUCCCCAUCAUUCAAAGCAUUCUGAUCGCUCACUGCCUGGUGACCCUUUCGCGAUUGACCACCGCCGACAUCCCCGGCUGGGACACCCGCCUUGUCCGCCGCACCGCCGACGUCAUCAGUAUCUCCGACCAAAUCUGCGACAUGCUCGAGCAAGUGGUGAGUCUGCGUAUGGACGAUCCCGACAAGGACCCGUUCACCAAGCUCGCGGUCACGGUGCGGCGACUGCGGGCGACCUGGGCGGCGCGACUCGGUGAACCGGCAGCCGCUACGGAGCAUGGUUUGGAGGAGGCGAAUCAACCCCUUUCCGGUCAGCAGCUGCCUCAGCACCCGGGUUACUCGGAGCAGACGCAAUUACAGGGCCAGCUGCCGGUGUCGAUAGGCGACCUGUGGGACUUCGAUGUCUUCUUCGCAGGUUCGGAUAGUGCGUGGUCGAUGGAUGCGGUGACUACGGGGGGAUUUGGCUGA